UAGAAAAAUAUACUUAAGAAUUGUGUCUUGUGUUGCCUAAGCAGAUUUCAGGACCAAAUCAUGGAUAUUGGCUAUCUAUGAAAGUUAAUGAGAAGAGGGAAAAGAAAUUGAUGAGAGGAAGCUUAUGUGUAAGAAAGGCAUUGCCACAUGAUUUGCCAUUAAUGGCAGUGAUGGUUCAACAAAUAGAAGGAAUGCGUGAUAUCAUUACAGAGAAACACGUGUGGCAUCUAAGUGAUAAAGCUAUCAAGAAUGUCUAUAUGUUCUACAUCAUGUUCACUUGUUGGGGAUGUUUGUACUUCGGUUCCGCAAAAGAUCCAUUCUAUGACUCGGAGGAGUACCGUGGAGAUGGAGGGGAUGGAACUGGUUAUUGGGUCUAUGAAACUCAAGAAGACAUAGAAGAGAAAGCAAGAGCAGAGCUAUGGCGUGAAGAACUUAUUGAAGAAAUUGAACAGAAAGUUGGUGGCUUAAGAGAGCUUGAAGAAGCUGUUACUAAGAUGCCAGCUACGGAUUUUCAAGGAUCAUUUGGAAGGUCGUUGCUUAGUUUACGGCGAGACCAAGUUGACUCAACAACAGUCGUCGCCGGAAGUAGUAGCCAUCACAACCACCACGAGCCAAGCAACAUGGAGGUUGAGCUAGAUUCGUUUCAAAGACAAGUCGCCGAGAAAUUCAUCGAUCUCAACGCCUCUUCAAACGACCUUCUCUCUCUCGAAUGGAUCGGGAAGCUUCUUGAUUCUUUCCUCUGUUGUCAAGAAGAGUUUCGAGCUAUUGUAUUCAACCACCGAUCUCAGAUCUCAAAGUCUCCGAUGGACCGUUUGAUUUCAGAUUACUUCGAACGGAGUAUCAAAGCUCUCGAUGUCUGUAACGCAAUCCGCGACGGAAUCGAACAGAUCCGUCAAUGGGAGAAACUUGCCGACAUCGUUAUCUCUGCUUUAGAUAGUCACCGUCCGAUCGGAGAAGGACAGCUCCGGCGAGCUAAGAAAGCUCUGAUUGAUUUAGCUAUCGGAAUGCUCGACGAGAAAGAUCAUCCUUCUGGAACCAAUCUAGCUCAUCGGAACCGUUCAUUCGGAAGAGUCAAAGAGAGUCACCACCGUUCGAUUGGUCAUUUCAGAUCUCUUUCUUGGAGUGUUUCAAGAUCGUGGUCAGCUUCUAAGCAAUUACAAGCUUUGGCUAAUAACUUAGCAACGCCUCGACCAAACGAUGUCGUUGCGAGCAAUGGUUUAGCUGUACCGGUUUACACAAUGACUUCGGUUAUGCUUUUUGUGAUGUGGGUUUUGGUAGCUGCGAUUCCUUGUCAAGACCGUGGAUUGCAAGUUAACUUCUUUGUCCCUAGGCAUUUCCAAUGGGCAGCUCCGGUUAUGUCGUUGCACGAUAAGAUUGUUGAGGAAUCUAAGAGACGAGAUAGGAAGAAUUGUUGUGGUUUGCUUAAGGAGAUUGAUAUGAUUGAGAAGACUUCGAGGUUGAUGAAUGAAUUGAUCGAUUCGAUUCAUUUCCCGUUGAAUGAUCAGAAGGAAAUUGAGGUGAAACAGAGAGUUGAUGAGCUUGUUCAGGUUCGUGAAGCUUUGAAAAAUGGUUUGGAUCCAUUUGAGAGGAAAGUUAGAGAAGUUUUCCAUCGGAUUGUGAGAAGCCGAACCGAGAGUCUUGAUUCUCUUUGAUCUUGCACAUGUUUGUCCGAAUAUGAUCAUAUUUGGAUUUUUUGUUUUGUUUUUGUUUUUCUCUAUAUAUCCUUUUUGAUCACUUGUAAAAAAGAAACUCAAAGAAUGUAGAAGUGUCAUCUUCUUAACUCUUUGUGAUGCUUAUAGUGAUUAUGUUCUUUGUGUAGCUACUUGCUUAGUUUGUUGAUAGAUUGAAGUUAAAACUUUUUCGAUGAGCAGUAACAAAUACUUCAUUGAAUA